ACUGCUGCUUCCGGUUUUGCCGAGAACCCCGGCGGAACCGGUUCCGAGUCCAGUUUCAGCGCCUGACAGGUGUUAGCAGCAAUGAGCCGCAGCCGGAACCCUCCUCCUCCGCGGGGCCAGGGAGCAGCACGAGCCAAACAGAUGGGGCUGCUCCUUGAUCUGAACCCGGAUGGAGGGAUGGAGGAUGCUGGGAAUGAUGAAGAUCUGGAAGCUGAGCUGCUCAGCCUGGUUGGAGGAGGAGGAGAAAGAGGAGGAAGAGCGCAGGGGAAGAAGGACCAGGGCAGAGCUCCUGUUCCAAUGGCUGAAAUCGAGCGCAUGGCCGCGCUUUGCAUGAAAGAUCUGGAUGAGGAAGAAAUGGACGAUGAAGAUGUGGAUGAUGAAGAUCUGCUGGCAGAGCUGAAUGAAGUUUUGGAGGAUGACGAGCAGCCAGCUCCUGCUGCUCCUAAAGCGAUGCCCUCCUCUCAGCCCACCCCUUCAGCCCGCCCCCUCGCUGCUUCCAGUCUGGAAUCUCGCUUGCUGGAGCGCAUUGAAAUGUAUCAGACAGCCAUAUCCAACGCCAAGGCUGCAGGCGAGACGAGCAAAGCUCGUCGGUACGACCGAGGCUUAAAGACGUUACAGUCCAUGCUAACGUCAGCGAAGAAAGGGAAGGCAGUGAAUGAGGAGGACAUGCCCCCCCCUGUAGCCCUCGGAGGAAAGUCCAACGUUAAAGCCGAGUCUAACCCAGAGAAAGAGCUUCCUGAACCGGUCGUCCCACCCGCCUCUCCCCCCAAACCCUUAAACGACCCUCCAGCACCAGUUCCCAACACCAAACCAGUGUGCCAGCCCCCCCUGCCAAAGCUCGCUGCCCCCAUGACCCCAGACUCACCUGCAAUCUCCCCGCUCACACCCAGCCAGCCCAGUGGCCCACACUCAGAGCUGAAGCAGGCCGUGCUGUCCAGGCAGAGGGAGUACAAGGUCGCCGCCCUUCAGGCCAAGCAGAGCAAUGAUGUUGAGCGCGCCAAACAUCACUACCUCACUGCCAAGAAACUGGACUCACUGCUGGAGGCGCUGGAUCGUGGGGAGGCAGUCCAGCUGAGUUCACUGCCGCCUCCACCUGGACAUGUGGCUGCAGAACAUUCUGCACCUCCUCCCCAGUCUGCUCCCAAAGCCUCCACCCCUGCAUCCACCCCCACACAGACACCCUCUGCAGACCUCCCGGCCCCCAGAAGUCUGGGAGAAGCUCUGCAGCAGAGAAUGGACAUCUACAAACAAGCAGCAGAGACCGCCAAGAGCAAAGGAGACGACCGCAAGGCCCGCAUGCACCAGCGCAUUGUGAAGCAAUACCAGGAUGCCAUCAGGGCUCACAAAGCAGGAAAGCCGGUCAGCUUAUCGGACCUCCCGGUUCCACCAGGUUGUCCAGCACUUCAAGGCUCUGAGGGGAGCCAGCAGAACUUCAUGAAUGUCCUGGAGACAGCCAUGAAAAUAGCAAAUCGGGAUGAGGAUGCUGAGAAUGUGGAAGAAGAAGAUCAAAGAGAGGACAUUAAGCCUGCAGUUCGUCCACCUGUAAACAAAGUAAAGUCUGCUGCUCCUCAGGCUCCUGGAGGAGCCUCGGCGCCCAAACUGGGAGCUAAAGCCCAGCAGCAGCUGGAUUUUCUGUUGCUACGGCGACAGGCUUUUCUACGGGCAGCACUGCGCUCCAAGCAGAUGAAGGACAUGACGGGAGCGGCGCAGCACCUCAGGCAUGCCAAAGGCCUGGACCCCAUGAUCACUGCUGCCAAGUCUGGCCUGCCUGUUGAAAUCACCAAGAUUCCCAGUGCUCCAGUGAGUGAGGAGGAAUACUCGUUGGGUCGCUCGAGGACCUCCCCCAUGUCUCCUCGCUCCAGUGAGAAGUACCAGGCCCUCAUGGAUCAGCUGCGAAAGCAGCACGAGAAAUGUCUGGAUCUCUGUCAGCAGUUCACACAAAUGGGGACUGUAGCAGAAGCCUUAAAGUAUGAGAAGCUUGCUGAGGAGACCAUGAAGAGCAUAGAAAUCCUGAAGAAAGCCCACGCCACGGGUCAGCCCGUCCCCAAGUGCCGCACAGAGGAGAGGACCUUGAACUUGGUCAAGAGAAACUCCAACCUGACAGCCAGUGACAUGGUGCUCUAUAUCAUGCGUGGGAUCAGCCUCCCAGCUCCUCCAGGUGUCUCCCCCGGUGACCUGGAUGCCAGCGUAAAGUUCGAGUUUCCCUUUCCCAGCUCUGAGGAGGCCCAGAGGGACAAGACCGCCACUGUGAAGAACACCAACAACCCGGAGUUUAAGGAGAACUUCAAACUCAGCAUCAACCGCGGCCACAGAGCCUUCAAACGGGCUGUUCAGUCCAAAGGCAUCAAGUUUGAAGUCAUCCACAAAGGAGGUCUGUUUAAGACGGACAGAGUGGUGGGCACUGCUCAUCUGAAGCUGGAGGCUCUGGAUACCCACUGUGACAUCCGAGAAAUCAUAGAGGUGUUCGACGGACGCAAAGCUACAGGUGGGAAAUUGGAGGUGAGGGUGAAGGUCCGGGAGCCUCUAACAGGAGCUGAACUGCAGCCUGUGACGGAGAAGUGGCUGGUUCUGGAAGCAGGAUCAUUGCUGUCCCCCCCAGAGAGAGCCAAGGAGCGGGCUCCAUCUCCUCGCGCUAAACCCCGACAUGAGGGCCACGCCAACACCUCCCCCCCUCAGUACAAGCUCCACAGCUUCAGCCUCCUCAACUACGACAAGGAGCGGUUGGAGAGGAAGAUUGCAGAGUAUCAGAGGAACCGGCGGGAUCCACCGCCCGACCUUCUCCGUCAGCUCAAGGAGGUGGUGCACAGGCUGCAGUGGCAGAAGGCUCAGCUGGAGCGCGCGUCUCCUGCCAUGCUCAAAGACUAUGAAUCCGUGCUGCGCCGCUUCGUCCAAGGACUCUCGGACUCUGUGAAAAAAUACUCCAGCCAAGGAGACCGCGAGGCUGCCAAAGACGCUCUGGGGAGGCUGAAGAUGGUGGAGAGUGAGCUGGAGUCGCUGCAGAGGAAACGCCACAGCUGAGAGCCACAGCAUAGGACGGAGAUGGAGAUGGAGAUGGGGUUAUGCUACCCCCCCAUAUUAUAUGCUUCAAUCUCCAAACACUCCCGUGCACACAGAGUCUCCCUCACUUUCCUCCGCUGGCAUUGCAGGCUGCUGUAUGAAGACCCGCCGCUUCGGCCUUCUCCCCAGCCAGGAUCAGCCCACCACAACUUGAAGCAUGUAAAGGGGGUGUUUACAGCCGAGGGGGGGCUCACUUCUUCAACACUAAACAAAAACGCUUUGUCUGCUUUCCUUUGGGAAACGAUGGGAAGAAGUCCAUGUAAAAGAUGCAACGAGACCACAGCUGCUUCACAGUCUGCAGAUGACCAAAGACCUGUGCAUGUGUGCGUGCACGUGUGCGUGCACGUGUAUUCUAAGAUGACUUUAACCCAUGGACUGGGGUCGUACUCAACUCCUUUUCAGCAGGUUUUCUGUGUGUAAUAAUCUUAAUCUAAUCUGUCUGCUGCACUGUUCCCAGAUUACAGUAAUCUGCUUCAUUCGGUUGCUCUGAUAAGAGAGUAAAACCUUAUCUUCUGAGGUGCUGGAGCCUCCAUCCCUCAGUGAGGGGUUAACGUGUGAAGAUGAUCCAGAGGGAGGAGGUGUUUAGGGAGCGAAUGUGGGAGGAGCUUGCAUCUGCAUUUCUGCUUUGUUGUAAUCCGCUGUUUGCUGUCUGUCUCAUCCUAAAGUUCUUUUGUCUGUAAGUCAAGACUGUUCUGCUGUAGGUUUGAUUUUUAGUUCUGAUUAAGUCUUUUACACCGAUGGAAAACACAGAUGGGCUGCAGCAGAGGCUGAAGACUUCCCUGUGUUCUACUAUGAGGAGAGGAAAUGUUUUCUUACAUUAAAGGGAAUAUUCUUUAGUCUGAAGUUGCAGAACGCUCUGACAUCAAUCGUUGAUUUCAUCCUUUAUUGACAUAAAUAUAAAUUACAGAACACAUUAAUUUGAUAGAAGAAAAUCCUUCAGUUAUAAUUACUAACAUUUUGAUUUCAAACUUUUGUUUUGAAGUCUGAACGCAUCUUAGCAGCUUCUGAUGGGAGAUGUUUGACUGCUGGAGAUGACACCCCUCCAACUCUCCCCCAGCCUCUGAGGCUGUCAGGUUGUCAUGGUAACAAGCUCAUCCGCAUUCAGUGUGGCAGGACAGGGGAAGAAGAACAUAUUGUUAAAAUGUGUCUCUUGCGCGCGCGCAGUGUUCCUCGCGGUUCAUCCUCUGCUGUUCCGAUUCAAUCUUCAUGUACGGGAAUCAUUCUGCUUGUGUGGGGGCGGGGUCAAGAUAAACACAUGUGUACAUGGACGCUGUCCUAAAAUAAACAAGUAAACAAUCGGAA